CUCCGUGGCAACGCGCGCGAUCGUUUCCGGGAGCCGCUGGCGGAGUGGGCGGAGCUAGGGCGGAGGUGCUGGUGGGAAGCCACCUGGGAGCCUUAGUUUGGUCGCAGACCCUGGGAGUGGGUGCUGGGAACAACGGAACGAAAGUCAGACAGACUUCAGUUGCCCCGACGGAUUGGAGCCCAUCAGUCCGUCGUGACAAGUUUCCCCCACCCCCGACCUAGAUGUAUGCAAGUCCAGGCUCUUCUGCUUCUUAGUGUCGCGGCUGGCCCAACUUACAGGCUGACUGAGGACUCUUCUUUCCUCAGAUUUUUUGAUCUUCAGAAUGCUUCGAUAUUCAUGUUUUUGUAGAAUGUACAAAGGACUGUUUUACUGCUGGGUGGAGUCCAGUGCAUUUAAUUUGGGUGUCUGUCCCCAAGCAAUACACACUUCAGCAGCAGUGCAUACUGAAUAUGAAUCUCAGGAAGAGACAGCUCUGGGUGGCACUAGGAGCGAUCAUAGAUCUGCAGAGAAAGAUUCUGAAGCCAUGGCUAAACUGCAUAUUCCAGUAAUGGUGGAUGAAGUUAUUCAUUGCUUGGCACCUCGAAAAGGGCAGGUCUUUCUAGAUAUGACAUUUGGUGCAGGAGGACACACAAAAGCUAUUCUGCAGAAGGAACCAGAUAUUACUGUCUAUGCUUUAGACCGAGACCCAACAGCUUAUGCAAUAGCCAAGCAGCUUUCACAAGUGUAUCCGAAACAGGUCCAGGCUUUGUUAGGCCAGUUCAGCGAGGCAGAGGCUUUGUUACUAAAAGCUGGAGUGCAGCCAGGGACUAUCGAUGGAGUUCUUUUGGAUCUGGGGUGUUCCUCCAUGCAACUUGAUGUUCCUGAGCGGGGUUUCUCUCUUCGGAAGGAUGGUCCCUUGGACAUGAGGAUGGAUGGAGACAGGUAUCCUGACAUGCCCACUGCUGCUGAUGUUGUGAAUGCUUUAGAUCAACAAGCACUUGCAUCCAUCUUUAGAGCAUAUGGAGAGGAGAAGCAUGCCAAGAAAAUUGCUUCUGCAAUCAUUCAAGCACGCAGCAUAUACCCUAUCUCUAGAACCCAGCAGCUUGCCAGCAUUGUUGCAGGUGCCUUUCCUACCUCAGCUGUCUAUGCAAGAAAGGACUUGCUACAAAGAUCUACCCACAUUGCUACCAAGACGUUCCAAGCUCUUCGCAUCUUUGUGAACAAUGAGCUCAAUGAACUCUAUACGGGACUGAAAACAGCACAGAAAUUUCUGAAAACUGGUGGUCGUCUUGUUGCGCUUUCCUUCCAUUCUUUAGAAGAUCGCAUUGUCAAACGAUUUUUGCUUGGGAUAAGUAUGACAGAAAGAUUUAACCUCAGCAUCAGACAGAAGGUAAGGCAAACUGCACGGCUGGAUUCAGAUCAUGAGAGUGAGGGGAGCAGCUCUGGAAGAGCUCCUCUGAUGUGGGAUCUGAUUCACAAGAAGGUGCUUACCCCAGAAGAUGAAGAUGUCCAAGAUAACCCCAGAGGGCGCUCAGCCAAGCUCAGGGCGGCUAUCAAAUUAUGAGGAUCUUAUCAUCAAAGUUUCCUUCUAUACUUCUAAUAUUUUUCUAAUUGAAAACCUUGUUUCUGAACAGUUUAAUGCAAUGUAAAGUAUGGGGCAGCCUGGAAAUUAGUGGUAUUUAGUAUUUUUAUCUCUAAGGAUAAUAAAGGAAGUUUUAACAUGACAUAAAACUUUCACUCAGAGAGCAGAGAGUCUCAAAACUGUAAGCACUUGUUGAUCUCUGCAUUGCAUUUGAAUUAUAAAAUUCAAUUCUUUCUUUAAUGAGGAAAUGGAAAGACUAUGACAUUGUAUUAAUUUAGGUUUGUAAACUCAAGCUGUCAAAAGAAAGAUAAUCAUAUUUGUAUGAUGGAGGAAGGACAUUGGUUAAUUAUAAUAAAGAAACUGCCUUGGCCCAUUUUAUUGGUUAGAACAUAGGUGGGUGGAGUAAACAGAAGAGAAUGCUGGGAGAAAGAAGCUGAAUAAGGAGUCGCCAUGGUUCUCCCACUCCAGACAGACGCAGAUUAAGAUUCUCCCUGGUAAAGCCACCUCAUGGGCUACACAGAAUAUUAGAAAUGGGUUAGAACAAUAUGUAAUAGCUAACCAAUAAGAGGCUGGAACUAGCUGGGCCAGGCAGUGUUUAGAAUACAGUUUCCGUGUAAUUAUUUCGAGCAUAAGCUAGCCAUGUGGGCGGCGGGGUGCCGGGGACGCAGCCCCGCCGCUCUUAUUUCAACAUUUGUAUGCUCUAAAUUCCAAAUUGAGUUAUUUACAUUUCCAACAGACUUUCUAUGUCUCAAAUAAUUAUGAUGAUUAUGGAACAAAUUAUAGUUUCUCCUACUAUAACUUUUUCAUAUGUAAACUUUUUACUAUUAUUAUUUAAAAUCUGCCACACUGAUGAUUUUCACUAGCAAAGUCAUAGCUCAUUGCUUUGGUGGCAUUUCUCAGUAUGAUCCAGGUUUCAUGUAUUUCAGAGUAAUCACAUAGAAUUUCCCUAACAGCCCGCAUGGAAAAUGUGAAGCCCAGAACUUCUAUUUGAUGCCAAGUGUAUCAGUUGCUGUAAUGUAUAAUACCUGUAGUGAGCAAUGUAAUCUCUCAUUUGCAUCUUGUGUUUUUUUUUAAAUUUUAGACAUCAUGCAAAGUAGUAAGUUUCUUUUUUAUGGCGUUUCCAUGAAAAUAAAGCAUUGUAUUGAUUAUUCUCACCCCCAAUACUCUUCUCUUUCCCUUCCCCAAUUCCUUCUUCCCUUACUGGACUCUCCCUCUCCUCGAAUGGUCUCUUACUCUGCCCCAUGUUGUCACAGAUACUCUAUUAUCCUCUAUAUAUCACUCUCCCCUCUCUUAACCGGCUCUCUUUCUACUUGUGUAUACAUAUUAUAUUCAUAUGUAUAUUUAUACAUACAUAACACACAUGUAAGUUUAAAUAUAGUUUCUUCCUGCAUAUGAGAAAAAACAUGUAACAUUUGUCCUUCUGACUCUGACUUUUUUGCUUGAUAUAAUGAUAUCCAGUUUCAUUCUAUUUUUGAAGAUGAAAAAUAAAAUAACCUCAUUUUGUAACUGAAUAAAAUCCCACUGCUUAUAUGCACUAUAUUUUA